AUGGCUGCAUCCCAAGCACACCGAUCGCUUCCGACUCGGCAGUUUAUAAAUACUCGAGGAAAGGGAAGUCUCCGGCGUGGGUGGAAGAGACGUUCCUGUCCCAUCCGACAGGCUAAGGAGAAACGGACAGACAUGCGGGUGAGGAAAGGUCCCUACCUCCAUUUCCUUGGCCUCCUAGCCAGCCACCUCUUACUACAAGACUGUGAUGCUGCAGGAUGCCCCAUCGGAUGGAUGCAGUACCAGAGUUACUGCUAUGGAAUCUUUGCAGACAAGCAAGACUGGACACAGGCUGAGCUAAAUUGUCAGAACCACCGCUAUUCCGGCCAUCUGGCAUCCAUUCUUUCGGAUUAUGAAGCACAACUGUUAUUCCAGUUCAUUACCAACAAUUUCCCCAAGGAGGAGUCAUUCUGGAUCGGACUGCAAGACCGACUGAAGAACGGGCGCUGGCGGUGGUCUGAUUCUGCUACAUCCAUGUUUACAGCUUGGGUUGGUGGGAAACCCAAGAGCGUUGACGAAAGCGGAUUCUGCGCCUACAUCUCCAAGAAGCAAAAAUUCCUAGAGUGGAACGACGCAUUCUGCAGUACUCGGAUGCCCUACAUCUGUGAAACCACUAUGUAG